AUGUCGCUCGUUUUCAUAUUACUUCACUGCCUUAGCUUCAUAUCCCUUGGUUUAGCUAGGCCUCUCCAUCCUGCUCAUCCCCUUCACGAAACAAGGGAAGUAGGACCUAGGGGUGAGCUAAGGGAAGCCUUCAGAUGGAGGUCGAUCAGGAACAAACUUCACCUCACCUACCGAGACACCACGGUAGAUUUUAACGAGAUCGGCGCUUCCUUCACUCUUGGCGAUAGGGAAAGCCAGCUGUCUCCCGGAGGGACAUACCCUCGCCUCACUAGGCUCGCAGACGGCGGCAUCCUCUCGGCGUCAGCUUACACCGUAAAUGGGUUACGAACUAUUAGAAUUGCCAGGAGCGAUGACGACGGCGCAACAUUCAACGAAAUCGGCUCUGUCGCCCAAAGCCCCGGGGACUUGGAUAACGCAUUUCUGAUUCAACUCCCGUCCGGAACUGUCCUUGCUGCCUUCCGUAACCACGACAAGGAUUCUAAUGGUGCCUACACGUAUUUCCGUAUUACCGUCUGUAAAAGUGACGACGGCGGUCGCACGUGGGUUUUCUUGGCCCAUGCCGCCCAACAACCCGCUGACGCAUCGGGCUUCAACGGACUAUGGGAGCCCUUCGUCCGGAUCGGAAAGGACGGCGCACUCCAGCUAACAUACUCUGGCGAGCUAAGUCAGACUAACCAGGAGACCUUCCGCACUCUGUCCUACGAUGGUGGAGCGACAUGGUCUACACCAGAUAACCUGAGGUUACACAGCCCGGAUCAGCAAUUCCGAGACGGUAUGCAGGGAAUUGCUUCCAUCAAAGACGCCAGUGGCCAAGAUGCUCUAGUCAUGGUCUUCGAAGUCAAGGACGGCCCGAACUUCUACCUCGGAACCGUGCUUUCGUACGACGACGGUUACACAUGGGGUAGGCGAAACAUUAUCUACCGACCUAAUCAACACAACGCCGGGGCGCCGCAGAUCGCCACUCUUGGAAAAGGUCUUGCUGUGGUCUUCAUGACCGACGAGGACCUGCCUACCGACCAGCUAGAUUGGGCUAACAAGGCUGAUAUCAAGAUGAUCUUUUCUUCGGAGCUUAACAACGGCGACCUUAGGUGGACUAGCCAGACAUUCCACCUCUCGGAAGACAGCUCAUACUGGCCAGGUACCUUCCAGAGAGGAGACAACAACAUCAUGGCUGUCUACGAGCGCGGAGGAGUUCCUUACGGGAGAAUCAUCACGAGCGUCUAA